GCAGGCUAAGCCCCUGAGCUCCUGCCCGGACCGACUGGGACCGACUGGGACCGACUUGGACCGACUGGGCUGGUGUGCUUCCCUGGGCCCUGGGAACUCUUUGAUCCACAGAAGUCAUCCACACGUCCAUCUCUGCUUCCAUCUCCAUCCUCGAUUCAUCCAUCCGCCGCUUCCGCCGCUUCCGCCGCUCUCGCCGUACACGCCGUUCAGGUCCCGUCCCUCGUCCGUGUUUCGUCCGUGACUCGUCCGUGACUCGCCCGUGACAGGAUGAUGAAGGCCGCCUGAGUUCUCCUCCAUGCUGCUAUCCAUCAUGCUCUCGAGGCCAAGGGGUUAGCCGCCGUGCGUGAGUCGCUCAGCCCGCGUCGCGAAUGAGCGCCCCCGUGAGCGCGUCCGGCGUCCACUGGCCCGGCUGCUCCAUCGGUCAUGGUGGGCUUGAACGCGCCCAUCCCAUCCCCUGCCUCCUCUUCCUCCUCCGUUAUUUCUUUCCCGGCCGAUCUCAAUUCGAGCAAAGACGCUUUUUACAUUGGAUCGGAUUCCAUGAUGAUGACUUGCUGGCCGGUGGAGAUUACGGCUUCGGCGGGUUGUCGCAUCACGCCAACAAUGUUAUGCGAGAAGUGGGCAUCAUCAUGCCCGGUGGAGGACCCACCGGGGACACGUUCCAGUAUCCCUCGCCCAAUCCUCCGCGAUCUCGCGGCGCACACGCCGGAAACGACGGGCGGAAAAAUUCCGAGCCCUCGCCAAUUUCCAAGGUGGAUCGCUCCAAUUCCGCGCCCAAUGUGUCGCACACGAUUUGUGCCGGAGAGGCCACCAUUCCGGAAUACUUGCUUCGUCGACACCACAAGAAGGUGGCCCGCACUCAAGGCAUGGUCAAACUCGAUGUGCUCUUCCCCACCACUUCGGGACCGCCCAUUAGUCCGACAGCUAAAGCCAACAACAACUCCUCUAGUAGCAGAUCCGUCUCCUCGUCACCAACCUCGACACUUCGUCAACCGCGAGCUCGAGCUUCGUCUGCCGAUGAAUCUGCUUCCAAAAAAAUCAAAGCCGUAGGAGGCGGGACCGGAGGCGGCACGGGAGGCGUACCCAAGGAAAACCAGGAGACCAUCGAGGAUUGGGAGAUUCCCGCCGAAGACAUCUUGGUCUACAAGAAGAAUAUUGGCCAAGGCUCGUUCGGCACCGUGUAUCGCGGCUAUUGGCACGGACCCAUGGCCGUCAAGACACUGAAUGUGAAGAAUCCUAGUUUCGAGCAAAUCUACGCAUUUCGGAAUGAAGUGGCCUUACUGAAAUUGACCAGACAUGUGAACAUCCUUCUGUUCCUGGGAUGUGUGUGCACCAAGAAGAUUUUAGCCAUUAUCACACAAUGGUGCGAAGGAUCGUCGCUUCAUAAGCACAUCCACGUGGACGAGAUGAAGUUCCAGCUGAUCAACAUCAUUGAGAUUGCCAGGCAGACAUCACAGGGCAUGGAUUAUCUCCACGCCAAGAACAUAAUUCACCGCGAUUUGAAGAGCAACAACAUCUUUCUACACGACGACAAGUUCACGGUGAAGAUAGGUGAUUUUGGGCUCGCCACAGUGAAAGCCAGAUGGAAGGAUUCCCAAGUGGUCAGACAACCCACAGGUUCGGUAUUGUGGAUGGCUCCGGAAGUGAUCAAAAUCACCUCGGAAGAGGCCUUCAGUUUCCACAGUGACGUCUACGCUUUCGGGAUCGUCUUGUACGAGCUCUUGUCAGGGAUCUUGCCCUAUUCCGAUGGUGGAAGCCGGCCGAAUGGCACCCGGUGUCACCAAAAGAACCUCACGGUUGACCAGAUUCUGUGGCUGGUCGGCACUGGUCAGGUCGUCCCCAACAUGGACAAGAUCCGCAAGGAUACGCCCCAAGCCUUGAAGCGGAUGCUGUUAAAUUGCAUUAAACAUGAUCGCGAUCAGCGGCCAUCGUUUCAACAAGUCCUGGCAGUGGUAGAGAACCUGAUUUGUUCGAUGCCCAAGAUUUCGAGAUCCUUGUCAGAGCCAAUCCUGGCCAGGCUCAAUCCCUUGGCCAAGGAAUUUGAGUCGGCCGACGAGUGCUCCUCACCCAAAAGCCCUUCCUCUGCGUCCGGAACGGGUGGAGCCGCUAACGCCCACAACAAUACCCACAUGAUUUGUUCCACCGCAACAAAUAUCAUUCUCAACGGAUAACUCGACUUCAAAUCCCUUUACCCCCUUCCUGACCCAAGAAUUAGUGUCAUUAUAUUAGUAUCACAACUAUUACUAUUAUUGCUACCCUCCCACUACAUAAGACGAAGAAGUCUGUUCUUCGUCGGGAGCUUUGUGCAACCUCCUAAUAAUAAACCCCUUGAAAU